GGAAGCACGGAAAGCGCACGGCGGAGCUUCGACAAGUUAGCUGUUGUGAGCUAAAGCUAGACCGGAAACGAGCUUCCUGAGGCGCUAAUAACGUGAUAAUAUUGCUAAAGGAAGCUGUUGUGAGUUGUUAGUAGAAUAUAUUUAUUAAAUUAUCAUAUUUAUGAGCGUAUUAGACAUGAAUUUGAGUGGUAACUAGGCUUCUUUUGCCGGAUAUUUACUAUAAACUCACUGUUGUUUUAAAGGCUAAAACCGGAAGUGCUAGCUUACAUUGACGUUGUUUUGAUUCUGGCAAAGCGAACAGGGAGCGCACGGUGGCUACUUGAACGAAAACGGGGGAAGCUCGCUCAAGAACCGGCUGGGCUGUUGCUGUAGACUCAGCAUGCCACAAUACAAAUGCUGAAUGCGGCUCCGGAAAAAAACGUAUUUACACCCCGAGCGGCGAUAGUUGACGACCACGCCCCGUAUCCACCGACCGGAGCCUGUACAAAAGUGCUGGCGGAGGCGCAACUGUGAGCGGUUUGAAACCCAGCUGGGCGGCUAGCGGGCUCACGGCGGAGAGGAAGCAGGAGUGUCGGCUGGGGGUAACUGUUUGGGAACCAUGAGAGAGUACAAAGUAGUGGUUCUCGGGUCCGGAGGGGUCGGCAAAUCUGCACUAACCGUCCAGUUCGUGACGGGAUCUUUUAUAGAGAAAUACGACCCCACAAUAGAGGAUUUCUACAGGAAGGAGAUCGAGGUGGACUCGUCUCCGUCCGUCCUGGAGAUCCUAGACACGGCGGGGACCGAGCAGUUCGCCUCCAUGCGAGACCUGUACAUCAAAAACGGGCAGGGUUUCAUCCUGGUCUACAGUCUGGUGAACCAACAGAGCUUCCAGGAUAUCAAACCCAUGAGAGAUCAGAUCAUUCGUGUGAAAAGGUACGAGAGAGUGCCGAUGAUUCUGGUUGGAAACAAAGUGGACCUGGAGGGGGAAAGGGAGGUGUCGUCCGGUGAGGGGAAGGCAUUGGCGGACGACUGGAACUGCCCGUUCAUGGAAACUUCGGCCAAAAAUAAAAGCUCUGUGGAUGAACUGUUUGCAGAAAUAGUCCGACAGAUGAACUAUGCCUCAACACCAAAUGGCGACGAUCAGUGUUGUUCGUCUUGUGUCAUUCUUUAAGAAAAAGGACAACCUUAAAGUUUUAUUCUUUGCUCGGUUUUAAGUUUGCAAUGUGUGUUGCACCAAGUGUGUACUGUUGAGCUCUUCUUCGUGUCUCGCCCUGGCCUUUGAGGAAAAUGAAGGGAGGAAUGCUACAGGGGGACGAGAGGAGGAGGAGGGGAGCAACUGAGACAGAGGGAGGGGUCCACUCUUCAGGAAUUCUGCUGGGUUGGAAUAUCUUCUCUGCGCGAUCAGUGUCCACCAGUGAUGUCAACGCAGUGUCGAACCAGAGUUUCAGCAACACCCCCCCUCAUACCAGUUCCAACUGUACUUACAACUGGAACUAAGCCUCUUAUGGAAAAGUUAUGGAGAGCCACACUUAGAGACACUCAUAAAUGGAUAUUUCUGUAUAAGAAGAGGAGAGAGAGAUAAAGUAUAUUUUGUUAAAUGACUGCACAUCUUGGGGUGAGGGAAGAUUUGGGUGACAUCUCAGCCUAACCCAUUUUGGAGAAAUGCUCCUCAACACUCCAAAUCUUUUAUUCCCAAAGUCAAAAGAAUUUGACACCACUUAAUUGCUGGUGGAGUAACGUGAAGAGUGCCACUUUUUUUCCUUCAUCACCUCUUCAAUGUGUGAGAGGACCUUAACUGAAGUGACAUGAGGAUGGUGACCCAAUCGCCCUUGUGUCGAGUGCCUUUCCAAAACAAAUCAGCUGUUCAGAUUUAGUGCCAACCUACAUGUAUCACCAAAAGAACCCUUCAAACAUGGCAAUCCACAAACUAGUGAACUGUUCUUCUGGAUAAUCUCGUAGGGGUGGAGGCAAAAAAAAGAAAAAAAAAACUACAUUAGGCUUUUUGUUAAUG